AAUCAGCGGCGCCGACCUCACCUGCCCUCAGCAAGAUGGCCGCCCGCCGUCCAGGUGCCGCCCCGGGUCGAGUCUCCCCAUCGACUGGAUGAAAGUGGCGGCGGAGAAGCGGCAGUUGAUGAGGUCUCUGCCGACCUGAGGGUUUAGGAGCCGUUGCUGUGGACGGAGAGAUGGGGACGUGAACGACCAUUGAUGGCGGCCAGGGUUCCGGUGAGCCCCUCCCAUCUGCUCGCUGUGCGGGUUGAGCUUUGAGGGGCUGAGCUUUGAUGGAGGACCACAUGGCAUGGCACAACGAGGAUAAGGGUUGUGAGUGCGACGUGUGUGGCAAGGUCUGGCAGUACCCGAGCGAGCUGGAGACCCACCGGCGGAUUCACACGGGAGAACGCCCCUUUGACUGCUCGGUGUGCGGCAAGAACUUCACCCGCUACGACAACCUGCUGCGGCACAACCGUGUGCACUCCGACGAGAGGCCCUUCACCUGCUCUAACUGCGGCAUGAGCUUCAAGACAACGCAGGUCCUGAAGAUCCACCAGCGAAUUCACACGGGAGAGAAGCCCAAGGCUGCUCAACCUGCGGGAAGCACUUUGCCCAGUCGUCGGGGCUACAGUGGCACCGGUGGGUGCACAGCAGUGAACUACCCUUCACCUACUCCAACUGCAGCGACUGAGGCAAGGGCUUCACCUCCUCCAACAACCCGCUAGAGCACAAGCACACUCAUACUUGGAAGCGGCCCUAUACCUGCAGCGACUGCGGCAAGGGCUUCACCCACUCCCACUGUCCCACCAGCGGGUGCACUCCGUCAAGAGGCCCUUCGGCUGCUCCGACCGCGGCAAGAGCUUCAAGAUGACGAAAGAACUGAAGGUCCACCAGCGGGUGCCCACGGGCAAGAAGCCCUAUGGCUGCUCCACCUGCGGCCCAGUUGUUUGGGGCUGUGGGUGCACCGGCGGGUGCACAGCAGCGAGAGGCCCUUCACCUGCUCUGACUGCGGCAAAGGCUUCAAGUCAUCGCCGGAACUGAAGGUGCACAGGUGCCUGCCACCGGGGAGCGGCCCUAUUCCUGCAGCAACUGCGGCAAGAGCUUCACCCACUCCCAAAGCCUGCUGGAUCAUCAGCGCACCCACACCGGCGCCCCUACACCUGCGCCCAGUGCAGCAAGGGCUUCAUCCGCUCCUCCAAGCUGCUGUCCCACCAACAGCUGCAUGCCGACGACCGUCCCUUCCCCAGCCCACUAUGUGGCGAGCACUUUGCCAUGGCCUACCACGCCCUGUCUCACCAGCGCUUGCACACCAGUAGCCCGCCCUGCAACUGCCCGUACUGAGGUGAGGUGUUUGACAGCUCGCGGGCGUUGCGGCAGCACUGGCGAGCCCACGCUGGCGAGCAGCUACUCCGAUUGCGGCAAGCGUUUUAAGAGAGCACGGGGGCUGCGGGAGCACCAGCGGAUAAACACCGGAGAGAGACCCUUUCUGUGCGCUGAGUGUGGCAACGGUUUCACCCGCACGUCCAGCCUGUGGCAGCACCAGCGUACCCACAGCAGUGAGCGUCCCUUACCCUGCCUGUCCUGUGGUAGGGGCUUCACCUGCCUUGACCAUCUGCUGGAGCACCGGCGAGUCCACACCGGCCAGCGCUCCACUGUCCGCUCUGUGGCAAAUCCUUUGCCUGCUCCAGCCUGCUGGCGCACCACCACAUGGAUAGAUAGGCAUUGUUUAGGUAGACACAAAAUUGUGGAAGGAAUGGGUUCCAUUUCGGAUCGAGACCCUUCUUCAGUCUCGACCCGAAACAUCACCCAUUCCUUCUAUCCAGAAAUGCUGCCUGUCCCACUGAGUUACCCAAGAUGGCGGAUUGAAGGAGUGGGGCGCCGUUGUGUAUGGCUGCUCUGCCUGCAGCCCUGUUAGAUCAAAAUGUUUGUUGUAGGUCUUUUAUGUGGUGGGUGGGGGGAGGGGAAGGGGGAAACUUUAUUUCUACGGUUUUCCUCCGAAUCCCAUCUUCGCCCUCUCCGUACGGCCUACCAUCGGACUGGAGCGGCGUUUCCUGCCGGGACCGGCCGGGACUACAGCUUCGGUGGCGGCACAGCGCUGGGUCACCAUCACGGAGCGGGCGAUGCCUUACCGGGUCGCCUUGGGGUAAGCUCCGGAGUGCUGUGACCGCUGACUCCAACAUCCGAGGCUGCGGAGCGUCCAGCCGCGGGCGGCGCUGGAUUUAAAACACCGCAGAGCCUGGGAUCCGAGAUCGCCAGUCGGAGCUCCAAACAGUCUGAGGACUUCGGGUGCCGCGGUCUCUGGGGAGGGUGCGACCGUUCCAGCCAUUUCCAUACCGCUGAGGACUUUUCACCCGAUGACGGUGUUCUAUCUUCCCGGCAGGAGGGCCUAUAACAUUGGGCCGUCGUUGCUGAGACUGGCUGCGGAGGCCUCAAACAGGCCCCGACCUCGGGUGGUCUAGGAGGAGGAGGAAGACUGGACAUUUUGGUGCCUUCCCGCACAGUGGAAAGUGUUGAUUCUGCUCUGGGGGGGAUGUUCAUGUUGACUCCUAUAAUGUAUUGUGUCUUUUUUCUUCUUUUUUUAUUUUAUAUGGAUGUAUGGUAAUCUAAUUAAUUUUCUCUGUUAAGCACUUUGGCUUCAACAUGAGUUGAUUUAAAAGUGCUCUAUAAAUAAAAAUUAAUUACUUACUUA